GAGUAUAUAUAGGGUUAUUUCUCGAUUCGAAACACAGUCUUCGCGACCAUUUGAAGAUGUCUCUCCUGCUCAUCCUCGCUCUCUCGGCGUUCGCGUCGUCCGCCUCCGUUCGUAGCAUCAGUGACGUCACAGAACAACAAAGGUGUGACGUCACGGUAGGAGUAACGUACCCAGAGACAGCCGAAGAGGAACCUUUAGUCACGUGCUCAUCACAAUGCUUAUCUGAUGAUGAACAGACUUGGUUUAUGGGUUCGAUGUACAAGCACCUGGCCGGCUUGACAGCGCUUGGCCUCAUGGUCGAAGUCAAGUACGACAAAGCAGCUGUGAUCGACUGUCGGCUGGUUCCUAUUCAGUCAACUUCCAGUCUGCUUGAAGCCUUCCAAUUGUGUGACAACACCGUCGUUGCAACAACCGCAAGUUCAACUCCAACUGGAAUCAACACAGGAACCUUCAUUCCAACUGAAACCAACACAGGAACUUUCAUUCCAACUGAAACAAAUAUUCCAACUGAGACCAACACAGGAACUUUCAUUCCAACUGGAACCAACACAGGAACCGUCAUUCCAACCGGCACUAACACAGGCACUUUCAUUCCAACUGGAACCAAUACAGGAACUUUCAUUCCAACUGAAAACAAUAUUCCAACUGGAACCAACACAGGAACUUUAAUUCCAACUGAAACCAACACAGGAACUUUCAUUCCAACUGGAACCAACACAGGAACUUUCAUUCCAACUGGAACCAACACAGGAACUUUCAUUCCAACUGGAACCAACACAGGAACCGUCAUUCCAACCGGAACUAACACAGGCACUUUCAUUCCAACUGGAACCAACACAGGAACUUUCAUUCCAACUGGAACCAACACAGGAACAUUCAUUCCAACUGGAAUCAACACAGGAACCGUCAUUCCAACCGGAAUUAACACAGGCACUUUCAUUCCAACUGGAACCAACACAGGAACCAUCAUUCCAACUGGAACCAACACAGGAACUUUCAUUCCAACUGGAACCAACACAGGAACUUUCAUUCCAACUGGAACCAAUGUUGGAACUUCUGUUCCAACUGGAACCAACACAGGCACUUUCAUUCCAACUGGAACCAACACUGGAACCUUCAUUCCAACUGGAACCAGCACAGGAGCCGUCAUUCCAACUGAAACCAUCGUUCCAACUGGAACCAACAUUGCAACUUCUGGUCCGACUGAAGUCACCACCGUUGGAACCACAACGAAGGACGUCAUCGCCUGCGAACACAAGGAGACGAGCCCCUCAACCCCAGCGCCUCCAACGACCACCACGAUUCAGCUGCCGACGACCACCGCCCACGUGUGCCCCGAGGGAUGGCUCCUGAACGCGGGCUCGUGCUACCACCUCAGCGCUUCGAAGGGCGCCUGGGAGGAAGGGAGGACCUACUGCAGCGACAAUGGCGGGGCCUACGUGAAGAUUUCCAGCGAAGAGGAGUGGGACUUUGUCAAGAGCAUGUUGUCCGAAACCACGUGGAUCGGCCUCCAUGACCGUGACACCGAGGGAAGCUUCGUCUGGGAUGUCGACGGGUCGACGCCGGUGUACACGAAAUGGCACUCUGACGAGCCUAACGACGCGAAUGGCGGCGAGGACUGCGGGGAAAUGAACGAGAGGAUGGGCUUCAUGUGGAACGACCAGCCCUGCCGUGAUGCGAGACCGUUCGUUUGUGAGAUGAGCGCCAAUGUUCUCUUUGGAUAACCUCACGACGUCAGCGAACCAGACCAACGGCAGAUAAGGGAGCUAAUUAUAAUUUAAACCCGAAGAUAUUCCAUAUUGCCAACCGCAGCCAAACACUCCGUUGCUUUAGAUUUCGAACAGAGGCAGUCAAGGAAACCGAAAGUAGAGCAGUGAAUGAUAGUGAUGUUACAGCUAAUCAACAUGAAAAUAUGUAACACAGCUAUAACACAGGAUUAUAAUGUAGUGGAGGAGCUACGGGAGUAGACCACAAAAUCGUGUGAGAUGUUAUUACUUUGGCGUAAAAAGUAGGAAAAUUAAUAAAGUUAUGGCUGUUAAAAGAUGUUUUCUACCUCUGCUUAAGUGCAUUAUUAUUUUUCAAGAAGAAAUCCCACUAAAGACAGCUUUUGAUGCGUAAAACACAUGUACUUAUUUGUAAUGUUAUUAAAGAUAUGAACGUGCAUGACUGCUAUUAUCA